CACACAGCUCUUUACCAGCUGAUGGCCCAAUGUCUUCAUCAAAAUAAAAAAUAUAAAAUCAGGAUGAAAACGUUGUUGUUGCUGCUUCUCUUGUGUCAUGUUUCAUCAUCAGUGAAACAUUCACUGAAGUAUUACAUCACAGGUUCCUCUGGAGUCCCAAACCUUCCAGAGUUUAUGAUCGUAGCAGAGGUUGAUGACAUCCAGGUGACUUACUGUGAUGGCAGCAACAAGAUAUAUGAACCAAGACAGGACUGGGUGAAAAAACUAUAUGAUGACAAUCCUCAACUCUGGACACAGGGCACUCAGGACUGUUUUGAGAUUCUACCUCCAUUCUUCAAAAUCCUAAUGAAUGAUUUGAUCCAGGUCUUCAACCGCAGUGAAGGUGUUCACAUUUUACAGUUCAUGAGUGGCUGUGAAUGGGAUGAAACGACUGGAGAGGUCACUGGUUUUGUACAGUUUGGUUAUGGUGGACGAGACUUAAUUGAAAUGGACCUGAAGACGUUGACAUGGACCGCUCUGAGACCAGAGGCUGACAUUAUCAAACAGAAAUGGGACGCUGAGUCUCUAAGCAUAAAAGAAGCUGUGGGAUUGUUCCCUGAGUGGCUGAAGUUGGAUUUGAAGUAUGGGAACAGCUCUCUGCUGAGAACAGACGUCCCCUCAGUGUCUCUCCUCCAGAAGACUCCCUCCUCUCCAGUCAGCUGCCACGCUACAGGUUUCUACCCUGACAGAGCCAUGAUGUUCUGGAGGAAAGAUGGAGAGGAGAUUCAUGAAGGAGUGGAGCAUGGAGAGAUCCUCCCCAACCAUGAUGGAUCCUUCCAGAUGAAUGUUGACCUGAACAUUUCAUCAGUCUCACCUGAAGACUGGAGGAGGCACGACUGUGUGUUUCAUCUCUCUGGUGUGGAGGACGACAUCAUCACCAAACUGGAUGAAACACAGAUCAGAACCAACUGGGUUGAGAAGCCUGAUGACAUGACCUCCACCACCAUCAUCAUCAUCAUCUCUGCAGUGGUUGUUGUCGUCUUUGCAGCAGCUGCUGGAUUCAUGGUUAAUAGAAAGAAACAAGGUGAGCUACUUUGA